AAAGAGGAGAAGAAGGGAGGCAAGAUUAGAAAGAACAGUGAGCUGAAAGGAAGAAAGGGUAUAAAGAAACAUGAAAAUAAUAGCGAGAAAGAGGAGAGAGGGAAGAAGGAGGUGAAGAAAGGGGAACAAGGAGAAGACGCGAUAAAGAAGGGGAGAAAGAAGACACAAAAUCGGCAGCCGAUAAUGGUGGCAGAAUCAGCACGCGAGGCAACGUGUGACGGGAAUUUCGACCUUAAUCACGGCGACGAAAGGGUCUUGUAUUCCGAUAACGACGGAAGCAAACUGCGCUGCAACUCUCGAUUCACGAGUCCUGUUGGCACGACUAUGUCCCUCGAAUGUCCCCAGUUUAACCUCAAUGCCAGAGGGUGCCAGAGAGAGCAGCUGAAAGUGAAGGCAAAAGGACGAAAAGCCACCACAUACUGCGGGACGUCGGGUCCUUCUCUCACCACGCCGAAGAACAGGAUCCGUGUGACGUACAAGCGAAAGCCACUGAGAGAGGGCGAGUGUUCCGGAGGCUAUCUGUGCUUCCUGCGCGUCCUGGGAGACCCGCCCGCGACCACGCCGACGACCUCGCCGCCAGCCACGCCCGCAGCGACGACAGUGUCAGCCGUCGGAGACAGACUCUUCUGCCCCGAGGAAUGCGGGCGAGCGAACCUGACUGUGCCCCGUAUCGUGGGCGGGCAGGUGGCGUCCCGCCUCGAGUACCCGUGGAUGGCCUACAUCACCAUCACGGGCGGGGGCGGGCAGGACACGUCGUGCGGGGGCGCCAUCGUCAACAGCGAGCACGUGGUCACAGCCGCCCACUGCUUCGGCGACAGGAACCUGGCCACCUCCACCGUCACCGUCUUCCUCGCUGAGCAUGACAUCGAUAUCCUGACGGAGACCGACGUGCUGUCUAUCUUUGCGCAGGAGUUGUUCAUCCAUCCCGACUACAAGGCGGACGGACAGGACACUGAGGAACACGACAUCGCCCUCUUGUACCUGGGCGGAUCCCUGACCUUCGGCGUGGGAGUCCAGCCGAUCUGCCUCGGGACCGCGGACGACUUCGCGGUGGGGCAGGAGGCAGUCAUCGUCGGCUGGGGCCUCACGGACUUCGCGAACGCCUCGUCCGCAAGUAACCUUCUGCGGGAGGUGGCAGUCAGCACCAUCGACAUCGAGCAGUGCAUCACGCUGUACCAGAACGCAGCCCAGAGGCAGUUCGUUAACGAGAACAUGAUCUGCACGCUGACCCCGGGCAAGGACGCGUGCAGUGGCGACAGCGGGGGUCCUGUCAUAACCCGGGUCGGCGACGUGUGGGUCCUGAUCGGCAUCGUCAGCUUCGGCAACGGGUGCGCCGAGCCCGACGCCCCCGGAGUGCACACCAACGUCGCCAACUAUUUGGACUGGAUGACCGAGUCCGUCGGCGGGGCCUUCUGUUAGGCGCUCGGAACGGCGGGAUGCUGUGUUGGUCGGCUUCUGAUGGGGGUGCUCUCUGUUAGUUCAAAUGGGGGGGAUUCCUGUUAGCAGUUCAAAAUGGGGAAUUUCUGUUAGUCAAUUCAUUAAGACAGGGUUUCUUGUUAGGGAGCUCACAACGGGGGUGCUCCCUGUUGGUCAGCCGAUCCUGUUCCGUUGUGUGAGGAAUGACUUUAGCUCAGAAAUUGGAUUAUUAUAUAUAUAUAUAUAUAUCCAUACAAUACACAUAUAUAUCUUAUCUGAUAAUGUAACUAUUCAACGUAAUCGAGAGUUUGGAAGAAAAUGUAAUUCCCGUUUUAAAAUUAGCAGACUUUCAAGCUUCUUCAUCUCGAAGUUUACUGUAUUUCAAAUUCUAUGUAAUAAAAUUAUCUGCAAUUA